CCAUAAAAAUAAAUCUCGCGCAGGGUGGGGAGGGGGGAAGAAGAGGAGGAGGAGGGCGCACGCACCGUCACCAGCAGCGCAAUCUCUUUCUCCCCCUUUUUCUUUCUUCUUUUUCCUUUCUUCUUUGCCUCCUUAUCCCCAAGAACCGCGUCUCCGGAGGUGGGGAGGAGGAGGAGGAAAAAAAUUCAUUUCUUUUUCAGGACGCCUCUGAGAAUCAAUCGACAUGUCUUCCCCGAGCAAGCGGCGCGAGAUGGACCUGAUGAAACUGAUGAUGAGCGACUACAAGGUGGAGAUGGUGAACGAUGGGAUGCAGGAGUUCUUCGUGGAAUUCCGGGGUCCUACUGAAAGUAUUUAUCAAGGUGGUGUAUGGAGGGUUAGAGUAGAAUUGCCUGAUGCGUAUCCUUACAAAUCUCCAUCGAUUGGUUUCGUCAACAAGAUUUAUCAUCCUAAUGUGGAUGAAAUGUCUGGUUCUGUCUGUUUGGAUGUCAUUAACCAGACGUGGAGCCCAAUGUUUGAUCUAGUUAAUGUGUUCGAAGUCUUCCUUCCACAACUUCUAUUGUAUCCAAAUCCUUCUGACCCGUUAAAUGGAGAGGCUGCUGCACUGAUGAUGCGUGAUCGUCCAGCUUAUGAACAGAAAGUGAAAGAAUACUGUGAAAAAUAUGCAAAACCUGAGGAUGCUGGCGUAACCCCGGAAGAUAAGUCAAGUGAUGAAGAACUUAGUGAAGAUGAGGACGACUCUGGGGAUGAUGCUAUACUGGGCAACCCAGAUCCUUAGUCAAGUUGGAACCUGUUUCCAAAAGCUCAUCGUAUACAAUGUUGGUUUGCAGAAAUUGCAAGCGAACAAAACAUGAAAAAAAUAUCUGGGAAAAAAAAGGCUCUUUGAAUCUCAUGUAAAUAAGUGUACUUGUAUCUUGUCUAAUGUUGUUUCCUUCGAUUGACCAAUUGAAUUCGCAGCAGCUCUCAUGUUUUCCCAACCUGUCAAAAGUGUCAAGCUUGUAGAUUUGUGUUCUCGUUCCAGGGAAUAAACAAGGUUGUAGCUUCUGGUCCUAGAUGAUGAUGAUGCUGUGCACUGUGAUGGUUUUUUUUUGCUUGAUUGAUUGCUU